CUCUUACAUCUCAUUUGCUCAGCUGCACCAACCCAACCCAAGCCACCCCCAAUCCACCAAAGCUAGCUGCUUGAGCUAUCUAUUCGCCAGUUGAGCUUGUUAGGUACAGUCACGGAGUAAGACGGCCAUUUUGCCAUGGGCAACUGCGUCCAGAGCAGCAGCAGUAGUAGCUGCAGCUACGGCGCCAGUGAAGACCGCCUGGUGCAGCUGCAGAGGAGGAGGGGAACAAGCGGCGGCGAAGGGGAGGAAGACCAGCAAGGGGCGCCGUCGCCGCCGGUAGUGAAGAUGAAGAUCGUGUUGACCAAGGGCGAGCUCGCCGAGCUCGUGGCGCGGCUCAAGGGCGGCGACCGCCGCCUCGAGGACGUGCUCCACGAGAUGGCGUGCAGGCGCGAGGGUCGGGCCAGCGGCGACGGGUGGCGGCCCAGCCUCGAGAGCAUCGUCGAGUGCCCGGUCGAGACGGCCGCCGCAAGCUGCGAUGAUUAGUUAGCCGCUGCCAUGCCUACUUCUUUCGCGUUAAUUAUCUCCUACCUGGUUCUGGUCUGCGGCCGGGUGGAAAAUCUGUAGGACAGAGCAAGUUAAUCGCUGAAGAGCGAUCAUUAGCCGCCGGGUUAAGUAGCAUUUGCAGCCUUUUUUUGUGUGUAUAGAGACUUGUGACGCCGCCGCCACCGCAUACAUGGUGA